UUCGAUUUUUAGACGUUUUUAGUUCGUUUGAAAAUACUGAAAUAUGUCCCAAGCGUCUGCUAUUACUAUUGUAAUCGAACUGAUUGGUUUAACUGCUGGAUUCUUCUCCGUAUGCGGAUCCCUUUGGUGUUUGCUAGACCCAUGCUGGAAAAUCACAAGUCAGGAUUUGUCUGUUCAACCAUACGACGUGUGUUACGGAAUAUGGGUCGGGUGUACCAUUCCUUCAGAUGGAAGCUGGAUAUGUGACGGUUAUUAUGGGAAGACGGUCAUAGACCUCAACAUUAGCGCUCGCCAGCAUUUUUGCAGAGCGGCAACUAUAUCGUGUAUUAUAUUAACUUCAUGUUCUCUGCUGCUCGGUGCUAUUGGCAGUCAUUGCUGUGUCCUUAAAUCUAUUGACAACGGACAUAAACGGUUAUACCGAUGUCUUACAGGGUGGUUCUUCCUAAUUUCAGGUUGCUUAGUUGCUUCGGCUGGCUCGUGGUACCUUGCAGAGAUAUAUUACGAACGAGUGUGGUAUUACAGGGUCGGGCCGACUGGACUUGGUUAUACCAUCGGCAGAGCGAUUUUCGUUGCUCUCGCUUCUGGAGUGUUAGAUUUGAUAGCAGGAGCUUGCUUCACUUUGUGCUCUCACGACGGCUGCUGUGGAAGUCACAGCUCACAAGACACAGACUAUGGGCACAGUGACUACCACACACGCAACAGGAAAACCUUACCACCACUUCAGCAGCGCAAAAAUAACCGAAAAGAAUACAAGCCGAACGAAGUUAUGACCGAAUACAUUUGAAUAACAUAUCGGUGCCAUGUAUUAUCGG